AUGAAAAUGAGAUCUUUAUUGGCUUUUAGAAAAAUCCCUGCACCGUUUCUUCUUCGUUGUUUGAUAAACUAUAAACCCUUUUGUUCACAUUGUCGAUUUCCCAAAGAAUCUGAGAAUCCAAGUCAAUUAGUUUCCGGAUCCGCUUCCGACCAAAAUCCAGUUACCUCCGAAGUGCGUCUUUUAACUACCAAGCCUGUACAGAAAGACGAAUCGGAUUUAAUCGACGUUCUUCUGUAUCGCAAGGAAAACCCAAUAUCUGCUCUUCGGUUCUACAAUUGGGCUAAACCAUGGCGUGGAAGCUUUGAAGCUGGUGAUGCGUUCUGGGUACUCAUUCAUAUUCUGGUUAGUUCUCCUGAGACUUACGGACGUGCAAGCGAUUUGCUCAGACGGUACGUUUCUUCGAGCAAUCCAAUUGCAAUGCCAAGCGUAUUGGUUAGUAAUUUGGUGGAUUCAGCGAAGUUAUAUGGGUUUGAAGUCAAUCAUCGAGCUUUUAAUUACUUGUUGAAUGCUUAUUCCAAAGAGAAGCAAACGGAUUAUGCGGUGGAUUGUGUUAAUCUAAUGAUAGAACUUGGUGUGAUUCCAUUUGUUCCUUAUGUAAACAGCGCGUUGAAUGCUUUAGUUCGAAGGAAUUCGAUAAACGAAGCUAAGGAAUUGUAUAGUAAGAUGGUUGCCAUUGGUGUUGCUGGUGAUAAUGUCACAACGCAUUUGUUAAUGCGAGCUAGUUUGAGAGAACAAAAGCCUGAGGAGGCUUUGGAGCUUUGUAGUAAAGCUAUCGAAAGAGGAUUAGAACCGGAUGGGUUACUUUAUAGUCUUGCUGUUCAGGCUUGCUGCAAGACCCUUGAUUUGGGUAUGGCUUUGGGUUUGUUGAGAGAGAUGAAGGAGAAGAAGUUGUGUGUCCCUUCAGAGGAUACGUAUACUUCUGUGAUUGUGGCUUCAAUGAAGAAAGGUAACAUGGAGGAGGCAAUUAGAUUGAAGGAUGAGAUGGUGAGUGAUGGGAUACCGAUGAAUGUAAUUGUUGCAACGAGUCUGAUCAAGGGACAUUGCAAGAAGAAUGAGUUGGGUAGUGCUUUAGAUAUGUUUCAUAAGAUGGAAAAAGAAAGCCCGUCUCCGAACAAUGUUACGUUUUCGGUUCUGAUAGAACGGUUUAGUAAGAACGGGGACAUGGAAAAGGUACUUGAGUUUUACAAGAAAAUGAAAGUUUUAGGUAUUACCCCUUCGGACUUUCAUGUCCACUCGAUAAUCGUAGGGUGUUUGAAAGGCCAGAGAUCGGAAGAGGCACUGAAAAUCUUUGACGAGUCUUUUGAAACCGGUCAGGCAAACAUUUUCAUAUGUAAUAGUAUGUUAUCGUGGUUAUGCAAGCAAGGUAAGAUAGAUGAAGCCACCGAUUUAUUGAAGAAGAUGGAAAGUAUAGGUAUUAGGUCUAAUGUAAUUUCUUACAAUAACGUGAUGCUUGCCCUCUGCAGAAAGAAAAACAUGGAACUGGCUCGUACUGUUUUUUCAAAAAUGCUGGAAAAGGGUAUAAAGCCGAACAAUUACACAUAUUCCAUUUUGAUCGAUGGAUAUUUCAAGAAUCAUGAUGAACAGAACGCUUGGGAAGUCUUGGAUCAAGUGACAUCUUCCAAUAUCGAAGUCAAUGAGGUCAUAUACCACACGUUUAUCAACGGUUUAUGCAAAGUUGGUCAGACAUCCAAAGCAAGAGAUGUGUUGAAAAAGCUGAUAAAAGGAAAGCGGUUUUGUAUCAGUUGCAUGAGUUACAAUAGCAUCAUAGAUGGAUUUAUCAAAGAGGGUGAAAUGGAUUCUGCGGUUGCAGCUUACAAAGAGAUGUGUGGCAAUGGUAUUUCCCCAAACGUCGUAACUUAUACCAGCAUGAUGGAUGGGUUAUGCAAAAAUAACAGAAUGGAUCAAGCACUGGAAAUGAAGCAUGAAAUGAAGAACAAAGGUCUCAAACUCGAUAUUCCAGCUUAUGGUGCUCUUAUCGAUGGGUUCUGCAAAAAGUGUAACAUGGAAAGUGCAUCUGCUAUGUUCGCUGAACUCCGCGAAGAAGGAUUGAAUCCAAACGGAGCUGUUUACAACAGCUUGAUUUCUGGAUACCGUAAUCUUGGAAACAUGGAAGCAGCGCUUGAUUUGCACAAGAAAAUGUUGCAAGAUGGUCUAAGGUGUGAUCUGUUCACGUAUACCACACUGAUUGAUGGAUUGUUAAAAGAAGGAAAUUUGUUCCUCGCCUCUGAUUUGUACACAGAAAUGCAGGCAGUCGGUAUAGUCGCUGAUGAAAUCAUGUAUACGGUAAUUGUAAACGGUCUUAGCAAGAAGGGACAGUUUGCGAAAGUCGUUGAGAUGUUUGAGGCGAUGAAGGAGAAAGAUGUGACUCCGAAUGUUUUUAUCUACAAUGCGGUGAUUGCAGGACAUUUUAGAGAAGGAAAUCUCGAUGAGGCUUUUAGACUUCAGUAUGAGAUGCUUGACAAGGGUCUUGUACCCGAUGGUGUUACAUUUGAUAUUCUCGUGAGUGGGAAAGUCGGAAAACCUCAACCUAUUGGUGUAGCAAAUUUGUAG